AUGAGCCAUGAAAAAGUGAAAUUAUAUCAUGAAAAACAAAGAUUGCAACUAUGUGGUUUACAUUCGUUAAAUAGUCUUUUUCAAAGAAAACUUUUUAAUAAAGAAACACUUGAUUCAAUUGUACAUGAAUAUGAUAAAUCAUUAUUUUGGAAUGAAUACUCAACAUUUUACACUGGUAAUUAUGAUUUAAGAAUUAUUGUUGAAGCAUUAAAACUUCAAGGCUAUAUAAUACGUAUUAUUGAUAGUACAGAGUCUUUUGAGACAAUUAAUUUUAAAGAUUGUUUUGGUUUAUUAUUAAAUAUAUCUGUUGAAAGACCAUUUUUUGAUCGUUUACCUGUAGUACGUUCAUUGACAAAACCUGGUCGUCAUUGGUUAACUAUAAAAAGUAUUGAUGGAGAACAUUAUUAUAAUUUCGAUUCAAAAUUAUCACAACCAAAAUUAAUUGGUAAUCAAACAGAUUUAAUAGAAUAUUUAAAUACAUUUGAUCGUGCAGAAACUCAUAUAUUUAUUGUUAUUGAAGAAGGAUUAGUGGACAAAUUUGAACAGAAAUAG